AUGUGUUUGAUAUCAUUUAAGAGGUCUCUGUGUGACUGGUAUAGUGGUGUCUUUCCCAUGUUGAUAAAACUAAUGGUAACAAAGUUAUAAUGUCUUUGCCAAAUACUGCAUAAUUCUGGAGGUGUCUCCCCCUCCUUGACCUACAACUGAAAUGAUCUCCUUUAUGUUAACAAGGUUAAACCCCAGGAAGUCAAGAACCCAUUCACCCCCAAAUUCUCAUUGUCCAAAGGAUAAUACCAUUUGGUACACAAUGUUUAUUCUGUCUAGAUAUUUAAGGAAAGUUGGCAGGAAGCUCUGGGAAUCUGUAAGCAGAUCUCCCAUGCUGUACCGCUGCAUGUAGUUUUGUCAGGUAUGUUUCUUUGACUUGUCUUUUAUUUUUAGUAAUGCUUGUUUAUUCUGAUCAUAUGAAAUUGGCUUUGAUUUGAAUUUCUGCAACAAUGUUUUAUAUCCUACCUGACAAAUAAAUUGUUAUUAUUUGAUUUAUUCUGAAUUCCUCUGAAAUCAUUACUGGAGCUUUAAUAUAGGAGGAAGCCAUUUAAAGACUCUCAGUUUGAAUUUAGACCACUCAGGACAACCAGGUAGGACAACCACCUAGGACAGCCGGUUAGGAUUUGAAUUUCAUUAGACCAGGGUAGACCAUACUGGAGCUUUAAUAUAGGAGAAACCACUCAGGACAACCGGGUAGGAGAAAGCCAUUUAAAGACUCGGUCACUGCUCACCACCCGCCUUAGCAAGUUGUAUGUACGUGACUAAGUGGCAAUAUCAUCUGGUUAUGAGACAAGCCAAACCAGAUGAUAUUAUUUAACCCUACAACCGCUGACUAAGAACGGAACUGGCUAUCCAUUUUCGGGAGGUUUACGUAAUUUAAUAACGGCCAGCGUAAGUCUCCAAAGAUCGAAUGGACAAUGAAUAGAAGAGGAUUUAGAGUAAUCAAUAACCUAAAAAUGUUAAAUUAAAAGAAUGAUCAGAAAUUAAUUAGAGCUUAAAUAUAAAUUAGAGGUCAACUUAAAAUUGGAGUCAGAUUAAUAUAAAAUUGGAGUCAGAUAAAGUGAAUAACGGAAUCAAAGGUGUGAAUUAACAAUAAUUGCUUUACUUCAGCGCUCAGAAAAGACAGAACAACGCAGAGACCUUCAAGGGCAAUUUAUUGAAGUUCCACUCCGGAACGGAUAGAAAAUUCUCUCUUUUUACAUUACUAUUAUUUUUAUUGUUACUACUAUUAUGAUGUAUAUAUAUUGAUGCUUUGGCAAUAUUGUAUUUUAGGGAUAGUUCACCCAAAAAUUAUUAUUUUCUCUCCUCAUGCCAUGCCAGAUGUGUAUGACUUUCUUUCUUCUGCUGAACACAAAUGACGAUUUUUAGAAGAAUCUCUCACCUCUGUUGGUCCUUACAAUGCAAGUGAAUGGUGACCAGACCUUAGAAACUCAAAAAAAAAAAAAAAAAAAAAAAACACAAGACUAAUCCAUAAGACUCCAGUGGUUAAAGGGGCAUUCAGUAGUUCUCUAGCUUGCAUUAGCAUUGCUCUUCUUCGUGUACUUUAAGUACCGAUGUUACAGUGGUGUUAGACGUUGUACUGCCAUCUUUUCCUGAGACGGCUGAGGAAGUUUGGAAUGAACCGCCACAUCCUCACACGGUUCUACACCUGCACUGUGGAGAGCAUCCUGACUGGCUGCAUCUCCACCUGGUACGGCAAUAGCACCGCCCACAAUCGCAAAGCACUGCAAAGGGUGGUGCGAACUGCCAGACACAUCAUCGGAGGUGAGCUUCCCUCCCUCCAGGAAAUAUAUACAAGGCGGUGUGUGAAAAAGCUCGGAGGAUCAUCAGAGACUCCAGCCACCCGAGCCAUGGGCUGUUCUCACUGCUACCAUCAGAACGAAAGCUGCAGAAAAUUUGACUUGUGAACAUAAGAGGAGACAAUAACAAUGGCUACAGUCACUGCAGAGGAGAUAAAGUCUGAACUGGACACUUUUAACAUAGCCUUCAAUGAUGAAACCGUGGACAAAAUGUUGGAGCAAUGUUUGUGUCACAGGCUGAAGGGUGAUGAGAUAGUAUGUGAGUGGUUUGCUUUCAGCUCCACUAAGGACCAGCUGCCGCUCACUCUUGAUAAUCUGGAGCAGUUUAAACAUGAGAUACUGAACAAGAAGAAAAUGCCUAAAGGCUCAUCUAAAGCAAGUCAGAUUACCAGGACCAGAGAUAUCAACUCUAUCCAGGAAUUAAUCAGAGCAGAGGAGGAAGAAGAGAGCAUGCUGGAUUCCUAUUCAACACCUGCUAAGGGAUCUCAGAAGAGAGCUCUGACCACUCCAGAGCAUCCUCAGUCCAAGAGGGGCGUGGCUCGACUUGCAAGCCCUAGUCUAAUGCUGUCACCUGCCAGCUUCUCACCAAGUGCAACCCCAUCUCAGAAAUAUGGCAUGCGUGGAGGCAGAGGGGAGGUCGUCUCAACGUUUGGGACAGUGCAGGGUCCUCGCUGGGCAGGUAAAGGACAGAGCAGUGUGAGGGUAGAGAUGCUGGAGAGGAGAGAGGAUUCACUGACCAGCAGCUACAAAUACAUGUUCCAGAGGCUGAGAGAUGUGCGGGAUGUUCUAACUGGGAAGAUUGAAGAGCUUGGAGAAGAGUUGCGGACUCACUUCAACAUAGAGGAGUUCUCUCCAGUUUCAUUACCUGUUCAGGACAGCAUCACAGUACUGGGGCAGGUGUGUUGUGACAGUAACGGGAAGCUAAAUGCCCAGUCUGUGCUGCUUGAGGCCGGGCAUGAACAGGGAGGCAGACAGGUGCCUGUGGAUCUCUCAGAGCUCAGAGAGUUCUCACUCUUCCCUGGACAAGUUGUUGUUAUGGAAGGUAUGAAUACUUCUGGAGAGAAGUUUGUUGCCACCAAACUAUAUGAGGGUUUGUCCUUACCUUUCUAUUCUCCUCCUGAAGUGAAACAAGAAAUGGAUGAAGUAUCUGAGCCUGUCAUGGUGAUGAUGGCCUGUGGACCGUACACUCCCUCUGACAGCCUGACAUAUGACCCCCUGCUUGACCUCAUUACUAUCAUCAACAAAGAUCGUCCUGAUGUCUGCAUUCUGUUUGGGCCUUUUGUUGAUUCCAAACAUGAACAGAUAGAGAAAAACCAGGUAACGGAAACAUUUGAAACUAUCUUCAAGAGAUGUGUGGACAGUAUUGUGGAGGGAACCAAAGGAACGAGAUGCAGGUUGGUGUUUGUGCCUUCUCAGAGAGAUGUUCAUCACCAUUACAUUUAUCCUCAGCCACCGUUCAGCCUGUCCAGCCUCAGCAAGGAUGAUUCAGUGCGAGUAACCUUAGCUCCUGACCCAUGCACUCUCCUCAUUGGUAAUGUUACCUUUGGCCUGACCUCUACAGACAUUCUGUUUCAUAUGGGAGCGGAAGAAAUCAGCAGUGGCACAGGCACAGAACGUUUCUCACGGAUCAUGAAACACAUGUUAACCCAGAGAAGCUACUAUCCACUCUAUCCUCCUGCAGAGGAAGUUAACAUGGAUUAUGAGAAGUUUCAACAUUUUGGCCAAAUGGCCAUCACACCUGAUUUCCUUAUCGUUCCUUCUGAACUUCGUUAUUUCAUCAAGGAUGUGAUUGGCUGUGUAUGUGUCAAUCCUGGCCGUCUCACUAAAGGACAUGUGGGUGGGACUUAUGGACGGUUGCUCAUUCAGCCAAAUCCUGUGCUGGUAGAAGGGAAGAGAGUGAGUCCAUGUAUAGCAGGACAGGUUGUGAAAAUAUGAUAUGGAUGUACUCUUCUUUUUUUACUAGAUUUCUGUUUUUGAACUUUGUUCAUUAAAUCAUGUCUGUAUGUUAUUGUCUGUAUGAAAUAUUUUCACUUAAAAUAGAUGGAAAAUAAAUUGCUUAAUAAAUCAAUUAGUCACUUUAGAACAGAAAGUAAUUGGAUACACAUGAGUAAAUGGCACAAUAUAUUGUCAGUUCAUUCAUCAGUAUGAACUUUAUUUAAAAAGCUAAUUAAUUUGCAAAUUUUGUUAAUUUAGUCUAAUAUCACUGUCGAUCACACUUUGAGAAUGAUUCUUUAAACAUUCUAAUAGACUUAAAUGAGCUGGUAAAAAAGCUUAAAUAUACAGCAAGCUUAUUGAAAGAUCCUUUCCAUAUCAGUCACUAAAAGGAAAAAUUACAAUUUUGCAUAAAUGUACAGAAAAUGUGUUUUGCUGCUCCCAUGAACAUUAACAAUGAGGUUGUUUUCUGGAUACACUUGGAUUUCAUUAAAAGGCAACUACAUA